AUGGAAAGGGUGGCCGCGAUCGAGACAGCAUUGCCGAGUCAUGUGGAGACUUAUUUUAUGCGGAAGGAUGAUGCUAGACUACGUCGUUUGGCCGAGAGUAGGGUCGAUAAUCGUGAGGAGGUAAGGGAAGACCAUAGGCGUAUUAGGCAGGCAGAGAUUGUGUUGACGAUACAGGACAAAAGGAGGAGGGAAGAUGGAGUAGAUUUGGAGGAUGAGGAUGCAUUCCAGGAACGGAGAAGAAGGAUUAGGGAGAGGUUGUUGCAAAGGCAACAAGAGGAGGCAGCACUACACCUGAGGAAGUUGAGGAAGAGGAGGAGUCUGAAACGUGAGAGGCUUGAGGCAGAACAGAUCUCACUCGAGGAAGCUGUGAAAAUGAGGAUGGAAGAGAGGACGGUGGAGACUAAGCAAAUUGUGGUUGACAAAAUUCAGGAGGACCAGGAGAUUCAGAGGAAUAUGGAGUCUGAAGCAAAUAUUGCUGAUGUGGAUACAGAUGAUGAUGUUUAUGAGGCGGAGGAAUAUGAGGACUGGAAGGCUAGGGAGAUUGCGAGGAUCAAGAGGGAUAGAGAUGAGAGAGAGGCAAGGUUGACGGAGAAGGAGGAGAUUGAGAGGGUAAGAAACAUGACAGAGGAAGAGAGGAGGGAGUGGGAGAGGAAGAAUCCAAAACCUUCUCGAAAAUCCAAGCCAAAGUGGAGGUUCAUGCAGAAAUACUACCAUAAAGGUGCUUUCUUCCAGUCAUAUCCUGAUGAUCAUGCUGGAACUGCCAAAGCUGAUAAUAUUUACGCUCGUGAUUUCUCUGCUCCAACUGGAGAGGAUAAGAUGGACAAGGCCAUAUUGCCCAAAGUCAUGCAGGUUAAGCACUUUGGUCGUAGUGGAAGUACAAAAUGGACUCAUCUUUACGAGGAGGACACAACUGAUUGGAAUAACCCAUGGACCUAUAACGAUGUUCUUCUGGCCAAGUACAAUGUGAAAAUGGCUGGAAUGAGUGCACCCAUAGCCAAACCUAAAGGAAGCAAGAAACUGAAGGAUUGGAAGACGCAUUGA